AUGUUACCUGAAGGAGGAGAAGCAAUUCCUGGAAAUGGAGGAAUUUCAUCUUCAAAUCCUGAUCCUCCUUCUCCUCCAAAGGCCGACAAACACAGAGAGAAUGUAGGAGGAGAAGAUAAUGUCAAUCGUAUAAACUCUGAACAAAAUGAAGGCAACGAGCCCGAGGAUGGAGAAAAUGGCGAAAAAGAAGAAGAGGAGAAAGAAACAGAGGAACAGAAACAAAAAGCUGCUGAAAAAGGAAAAAGACCAUUAUUCGAAGACUCAGAAGAAGAUGCAGAAGAGGAACAGAAACAACAAGCUGCUAAGAAAUGGCAAAAAACAUCAUUGGUACCCAUCUUACCAAAUUUUUCAAAGUGA